GUUUGCGAUAGAGAAUUGCCCCUUCCUGACGGCGUCAUAACUCCCCCUCUCUCCUCGGAACCCUCACAAGCGCUCGAGCUGCAGGACAAGCGAAGAUCUGCAAGAAGAGGUCCGGAGAGGUUUGGUCUCAGGGCGACUGCAGUUACAUAUUUUUUUUUCCCCCUAAACGCUUUGCCAUGAAUCGACCUGUUAAGGUUAUCCUGGUCACCACAGCUGUGUGCGCAGCGCUGCUGUCGUUCCUCUGGAGAGACACGUUUGACGCAGAGUCACUGAGAGGAGCCCGGGUAUUGGUCACAGGCAGCAGCAAGGGGAUUGGCGAACAGAUGGCCUAUCACUAUGCCCGAUUUGGUGCCCAAAUUGUUAUCACAGCCCGGAGUAAGGAUGCAUUGCUAAAGGUGGCGGAGAGGUGCCAGGAGCUGGGCGCGCAGAGGGUCCUGCAGGUUGCAGCUGACAUGUCUGUGCCCACAGACUCCGAGAGGGUGGUCGCCUUUGCGGUGGAGAAGUUAGGCGGCCUGGACUAUCUCGUUCUCAAUCAUAUUGGCUCAAGCAACUUCGCCAUGUGGGAUGGAGAUGUAGAGCAUAUCAGGACGCUCAUGCAGGUGUUGAAGGACGGAACGGGCGGCGGAGGGCACGACCCCGCGCGGAACCGCGACGAAUCACACUACCUGCUUCUUAUCCCUAUGCGGCGUGCCAGUGUGAGCGCGGAGCCGCGCGGCGGCGGAUCUGGGCCGGCCCGGAAGAGGGGAGUGGCGCUGAAAGGGGCCGCCGAGGACAAGCGCGAUGGCUGCGUCGGAGGGCACAAGAAGUCACGGCAGCAGCACCCGCGGGACAAAUUGGAGUGGGUGAGAGAGCCGAGCCUGGCGGUAUGCAGGCAGGUAGCCCGGCUGCACCCAGGGGGCAGGAUCCUAAUUCCGGUCACUAACGGCGCCGCAGCGAACCCGAAACAAGGAUGA